AUGACGGAAUCUGUGAGCACACGUACAAAAUCACUCACUGAGAGUACAGAAUCAGUUUCUACAGAAGGUCCUUUGAUUGAAGACAGAUGGACAAACAACAUAACAUAUCGACAAUUAGUGCUGUCCUCUUGCGUGGGAAUCAUACAACUCUGGUGGCAUCCAUAUCUUCACGACUUUACGAAACUCCUACCAUUCCUUUUUCUGUACAAUGUAUUUAGUAUAUUUUUUGCUUAUCCGAUGUUUUACUUGGAGCUUGCUUUGGGUGUGGUGUCAAAGAAAGGCGUAUUAAACUGCUGGGAUAUGGCACCGAUUGCUAGAGGCAUAGGUUUCUCAAUGCUCAUCACGUCCACAUUCACGGUGCUCGCUCUCGGCAUUGUCUCCGCGUGGUCACUCGCGCUGACGGUGCACUCAUUCCACGCGUUCCUGCCGUGGCUGCAUUGCGCGGCGGCAGCUAGCCCGCCGUGUGCGGCGAGACACCGCCCUCUGCCGACGGGCAGCGAAGUGCCCGCGCAGUCGUUCUUUUUCAAUUUCGUCCUGAAUUUGAAAAGAAACGGUCUUUCUGGCGGUUUGGGAAACGUUGUACCCGAAUUGACUGUCUACUACGUUAUAAGUUGGGUACUGGUGUACUUUAUAGCUUGCAAGAGGAUUUACAGCUAUUCGAAGAUGGUGUUGUUUAAGGAUGUUUUAGCCUACUUUGUGCUAUUUGCAUGCGCCGUUGGUGUUUUUAGACUAAAAGGAGCGACUAGAAUGUUUAAAGAGUGUGACUGGGGCGUGCUAUCUAAUGGCUUGCAGAUAUGGCGAGACGCACUAGAAUAUUCCUUCCUUCAGAUGACUAUAUCACAGGGAACUCUCGUCAUGUUAGGAUCUUAUAGUCUCAAACAGAAACACAAGCUUGCGAACACGGCGACUCUUGCUUUUGCCGUGUCUAAAAGUUGUUGUACCGGCAGCGCUCUGAUACUCGGCGCAGCUCAUGGUGCAUUGUAUGUGGACUAUGAUAAUAGCACUAAUAUAUGGAGAGGUGCAUCAUCAUCAAUGAUAAUAUGGGCGGACUAUGUGGCGCGGAUACCGGGCAGUCAGUUUUGGUCUGUUAUUGUGUUCUUCACGCUGUAUGUUCUAUCGCUCUCAUCUAUGGCUCUACUGGUGCAAACAAUAAUAUCUUCAUUUACUGGACGAUUGGUUCGGAAAAUAACAUGGGCGUUCCUGAUUUUAAUUUGUGUUCUAUUUUGUUUCAUUGGAAUUAUUACACUUUGUACACAGGGUGGUCUUUACAUUUUGAAUUUCCUCAUGAGUUGGCCGGUAUCAAAACCUCGUGUGCCGAUAGCAGCGCUGGUAACAUUUAUCGUCACUUAUGUCUAUGGUCAAACUACGUUCUGUGAAGAUAUAUAUUUUGCGGUGGGGGAAUACCCUUGUGUGUUUCUUAGAAUUUGCUGGGCGUUAUCCCCUGUGAUGUUAUUGACCACCUUUCUAUCGGGCAUGUACCUCGGGCCGGCUGCUGAAGCUGCCGUGGGCUGGACGCUGGUUCUUAUGACACUGCUGCCGAUUGUGGUUGUUGUUUUACUGUACUUGGUGUUCAAGUUUAGAGUGCGAAAUAUGCUGAAUGAAAAGUGAGGGUGAAUUGAGAAGAAAAAUAUAAAUAAAAUGCAUUUAUUCA